ACAUCCUGCCGUGACGUCACCGCGGCGCGCGUGGUGGUAGUGGUGGGGGGCGGUGUGUGUGGAAGAAGACGACAACGACGCAAAAUGGCGGCCGCUCCGACCACCUCAUCGAUGGCGGCCGCGCUCGGCACCCCGACUCCGACGCCCGCGGCAAACUCCACAACGCCGUCGGCCGCGGGCACACCGGGGGGUACGAUGGCGGCGGCUUCUUGUGGGGCGGCGGCGGCGGCGGCUCAACAGCAGCAGCAACAGCAGCAGCGGGGAGUUCUGAUAGGCGAGCGUCUCUACUCGGGCGUGCGAAUCUCUCUGGAGAACUGCGUGAUGCCCGCCGAGCGCCUCGCGCACACGCCGUCCUCGUACGACCGCCUCGAGGCCGCCGUGGAGACGGAGCUGCGCGAACUCGGCUGCGAGCUCGUCCAGGCCGCGGGCAUCCUGCUGCGUCUACCGCAGGUGGCGAUGGCGACGGGCCAGGUGCUCUUCCAACGGUUUUACUACUCAAAGUCCUUCAUUAAGCACAACAUGGAGGUGGUGGCGAUGUCGUGCGUCAACCUGGCCGCCAAGAUCGAGGAGGCCCCACGAAGGAACCGGGACGUCAUCAACGUGUUCCACCACCUGCGGCAGCUCCGCACCAACCGAGUACCCUCACCCCUAACCCUGGACCAGGGCUACAUUAACACCAAGAAUGAGCUGAUCAAGAGUGAGCGCCGGAUCCUGAAGGAGCUGGGAUUUUGUGUGCACGUCAAGCACCCCCACAAGAUCAUUGUGGUUUACCUGCAAGUGCUCGAAUGCCACAAGAACCAGCCCCUGGUGCAGACAGCGUGGAACUACAUGAAUGACAGCCUACGCACAAACGUGUUUGUGCGCUACAGCCCAGAGACCAUCGCAUGUGCCUGCAUCUACCUCUCGGCACGCACACUGCAGAUCCCGCUACCAGGGCGACCUCCGUGGUUCUCGCUGUUUGGAGCGGACGAGGCAGACCUGCAGGACAUCUGUCUCGCCAUUCUACAGCUCUACAAUCGGCGCAAGCCGAGCCUGGAGCACCUCGAGAGCUGUGUGGAGCGCUGCCGCGUGGAGCUGCAGGAGCUGAAGCUGAGGGAGCGUGGAUUCUGCCUGGAGCCUAACCCGGGCACCCCCGGAAGGUUCUCGCCAGCGUCCAAACCCGCAUCACCCAGAGACCCCGCUCACAGCACCACCACCACCGCCUCGGCCUCCACCGCCUCAGCCGCCACCGCCUCCACCGCCUCCACCGCCUCCACGUCACUGCCGCCAUCGCUGCUGCUGCGGCUCUCUCCGGCCGCUCUCCGCGGGGCCAAGCGGCGUCUGGACGCCGACACGGCGGGCGGGGGGGGAGGGGCCGCGCAGAGGGAGUCCAGGAGACGUUCACACAGCCGCUCGCGCUCACCCAAGAGACAGUGA